GCGCUGCUGUCACGCUCCACAACCAACAGGCACAGAAUUCAAGGGAGGAAGUCACUGAGAUUGGGAACGAACAACUCCAGAGGUGCCAAAACACAAAACCAAAUCCAACCCAGACACGAAAGAAAGUCUGAAUACGGCUACUCGGCAUUGGGAGCAGUCAAUAUUUUAAAGUUUGGAGUAUGGACUAGAGGCGGCGAGUCGCAGCAGAUGGAGGCGGUGAGAAGUUUGGUGUUUGUCGGGGCCGUGCUACUCGGAGUGACGGGCGCGUUGGGCAGAGAAGUAUGCCUGGGUACGGAAAUGAAGCUGGCCCUACCCUCCAGCCUAGAAAAUCACUACGAGACCCUGAGGCUUCUCUACACCGGCUGCAAGGUCGUCCAUGGCAACCUGGAGAUUACUCACCUUCAUGGAAACCCUGACCUCUCAUUUCUACAGGGGAUCGUGGAGGUUCAGGGCUAUGUGCUUGUUGCUCAUGUAUCAGUGAGUGUGGUUCCUUUGGACAACCUCCAGAUCAUAAGAGGCAGCCAGACCUACAACUCCAGCUUCGCCCUGGCUGUGUUGGAUAACACUCUGGACGGAAGGGGUCUCCGCACCCUCAGGCUUCGUUCCCUUACAGAGAUCCUGUUGGGUGGGGUGUAUAUUUGGGGGAACCCUCAGCUUUGCUUCCCAGAUGCCCAGAACAUCAUUUGGAGGGACACUUUGUACGAGCAUAACAUCCAUGCAAGGCAACAACGGCUGCAGCAUCGAGCCCCCGAAUGUCCUAGUUGUGCCCCUGCGUGUCAGAAAAGCUGCUGGGGAGAAACUGCACAGGACUGCCAGAGCUUGACCCGUACUAAAUGUGCGUCGGGGUGUCAAAGGUGUAAAGGCCCCCUACCAAAUGACUGCUGUCACAUGCAGUGUGCUGCUGGUUGCACAGGACCCAAAGACUCAGACUGCCUGGCUUGCCGUCACUUCAACGACAGUGGUGUUUGUAAGGAAAACUGCCCUCCACCCACAAUCUACGACCCCGUCACCUUUCAGUCCAAACUCAACCCAAACAAGAAGUUCAACUUUGGAGCCACCUGUGUGAACACGUGUCCCUAUAACUAUCUGGCUAUGGAUAUGGCCUGCACUUUUUUUUGUCCUAAAGCCAACCAGGAAGUUAUCAUCACAAACCCUGACGGAGACGAGAUGCAGAAAUGUGAAAAGUGUGAAGGAGACUGUCCUAUAAUGUGUUAUGGUCUAGGUAUGGACAACCUCGGUGUCAUAGACAACCAUGGCAUAACCAUGGUGACGUCAUCUAACGUGGAGCAGUUCAACAAGUGUAAGAAGAUAUUUGGUAGCCUGGCCUUCCUCCCUCAAAGCUUUGCAAGGGACCCUGUGACCAACACAUCAGGCCUGACCCUCGAGCAGCUGAGCACGUUCAAGAAACUGGAGGAGAUAACAGGUUAUCUAUAUGUUGAAGCCUGGCCAGAAGAGUGGAGUGACCUGAGUGUGUUUGAGAAUCUGAAGGUGAUCAGAGGCAGGACGCUCUACAAGGGUGUGUUUUCACUUGCACUCCAAAAUCUUCACAUCAAAUCUCUGGGGUUGCGUUCACUGCAGAGCGUCAGUGGAGGUUUGGUCCUGUUGCACAACAAUUCCCAGCUGUGUUACACCAAUUCUCUGCCCUGGGAUAGGCUACUCCAUCCCACCCAGGGACCCCACCGCAUCAUCAGCAACAACCAGAAACCCCAACUCUGUGAGGCAGAGGGUCGUGUUUGUCACCCGCUGUGUAAGGGGGGCUGCUGGGGCCCCGGGCCCAGCCAGUGUGUGUCCUGCAGGACUUCCCAACGUGGUUCUGAGUGCAUUGAGCAGUGUGACAUCUUCCAGGGGUCUGUGCGUGAAUACACAGAUGGAUCUUUGUGCGUCCCCUGUCACUCAGAGUGUCGACCUCUAAACGGCUCUGCCUCCUGUCACGGCCCGGGUGCAGAUGAUUGUGAAGAGUGCAGAAACUUCCAGGAUGGCGACUUUUGUGUGGAUCAUUGUCCCAGCGGCAUAAAAGAAGAUCAGCAAACAGUAUGGAAGUACAGCAAUGCUACUGGACACUGUCUGUCCUGCAACACCAACUGCACUCUGUCCUGCACUGUGAUGGAUGAGAGGGGCUGCCCCGUUGACACCAGGACAGGACCGGGUACAACCAUUGCUGCUGCAGUGGGCGGUGUGGUGCUUUUCUUUAUCCUGCUGGCUUUGCUGGUCUUCUACCUGAGGAGACAGAAAAAGCUGAAAAGGAAGGAGACGAUGAGGAGGAUCCUGCAAGAACAUGAGCUGGUAGAACCUUUAACACCGAGCGGUGCCUCACCCAAUCAGGCUCAGAUGCGCAUCCUUAAGGAGACUGAGCUGAAAAAGCUCAGGGUGCUGGGUGCUGGGGCCUUUGGUACCGUUUACAAGGGAGUGUGGGCUCCGGAUGGGGAAAAUGUUAAGAUACCGGUUGCGAUCAAGGUGUUGCGAGAGAAUACAUCGCCAAAAGCCAAUAAGGAGAUCCUUGAUGAGGCUUAUGUGAUGGCAGGAGUGUUCAGCCCCUAUGUUUGUCGUCUGCUGGGGAUUUGUCUGACCUCCACGGUGCAGCUGGUCACUCAGCUGAUGCCGUACGGCUGCCUCCUCGACUACGUCAGAGAGAACAAAGACCGUAUCGGCUCCCAGUUUCUCCUCAACUGGUGUGUCCAGAUUGCGAAGGGGAUGAGUUAUCUGGAGGAAGUCCGGCUGGUCCACAGAGAUUUGGCUGCUCGUAACGUUCUGGUGAAAAACCCAAACCACGUGAAGAUCACCGACUUCGGUCUGGCCCGAUUGCUCGACAUAGACGAGACUGAAUAUCACGCUGAUGGAGGAAAGGUGCCGAUUAAAUGGAUGGCCCUUGAGUCCAUUCUGCACAGGAAGUUCACACAUCAGAGCGACGUGUGGAGCUACGGGGUGACGGUCUGGGAGCUGAUGACGUUUGGUGCUAAACCCUACGAUAUGAUCCCAGCGAGAGAAAUCCCGGAUGUUUUGGAAGGAGGAGAAAGGCUUCCCCAACCUCUCAUCUGCACCAUCGAUGUCUACAUGAUCAUGGUCAAAUGUUGGAUGAUUGACCCAGACAGCAGGCCGAGGUUCAAAGAUCUGGUCAAUGAUUUCAGUGCCAUGGCAAGAGAUCCACCUCGCUUUGUAGUUAUUCAGAACGAUGAGCAGAUGAGCUUGUCCAGCCCAGUGGACAGCCAGUUCUUCCGGAUGCUUCUGGAAGAGGAAGGAAACAAUAUGAGGGAACUGCUGGAUGCAGAGGAGUAUCUGGUGCCUCAGCCAAACCUGUUCCCCAGGACUCAAACAGACGGGCCUCAAGCCAACGGGCCAUCAAGACACCAAUCAUACAGGCAGAGCAGAGAUCAGGGCUUAGAUAUCGAUCCUUUCAUCCCCAACGGUCCUCGAAGCAUUUACUCGUCUCUAAGCACUCUGGGCCGUAGCCAGUACCCAACCUUACCUUCAGGAGCCAGCACAUCAAACGGCCUGUGGACUUCUCAGUACCCGACACUGGCUCGAAGUCCCUCAGCCGGGGGCCAGUCUGACUCGGUCUUCCUUGACGAAUCUCCAGACGACCCCUCCAUACCCCCGGCCAGCCCUGGGCGCUACAGCAAAGACCCCACCUACUCCAACGGAAGUCAGGGGGACCUGGAGACGGAUGGGCCAGUGCAAAAUGGCUUUCAUCUUCCAAAUCAUCUUCACCUCUCACUGCCCAGGCGGAGUCAUGGGUAUAAUCAUAAUCAGGCUUUGCCAGAAUAUGUAAACCAGGAGAUUCAGGAUCCUAGGCCAGUGAUUCUCGAGCGUCCCACCACGCUGCCUCGAAAAGGUUCCAGAGCAGACCGGCGCCUCCCAAACGGCCUGAGCUCUGGUCACAGCGUUGAAAACCCAGGAUACCUGGUCCCCGGAAGUACUGGGGCCUCUACUUCUCCAGCCUUUGACAACCCAUACUACCUGGACCUCGUGGCCAAAGCUAGAGCUGUAGCUGGGGCUGCAGGGCUUGACGCCGCAGAGGCACCGGGAAGGGACAGAAGACUUCAAAGGCAUGUGAAUGGGUUUGUGACCCCCACGGCAGAGAAUCCAGAGUAUCUGGGAUUAGCGGACACCUGGAGUGGAUACACCUGAGGGGGACGAACAGCACGAUGAACUCAAGAUGAGUCACAGAUUGUGCUCUACCGAGGGGAACCCAGGAGCGAGAGAAAGGGAAGACGAGUAGUUUGUGUGUCAGAAAUGAGCUGGGUAUGUGAUUGAGUCUAAGAACAGUAUGUGCAUAUGGAAGUGCAUCUUUCAUUGUUGAAAGAACACAAACCGGUUGAGCUCUGGAAAACAAAUCACCAAAUCACCCAGCCGUGACGCACCACGAGUCAACAGUGUAGCAUUAAUCUGGUGUCUGUGGCAUCAUUUGUAUUCCUGUCUUCCUCUCAGCCUCUCUCUAAAUGACUGUAAGUUCAUUCAGCCUGUGUUUAUGACUCAGAACUUGACGAGCAAGAUGAGUUCACAUCUGUCAAAACUGACCACAGUACAAAAUGUCUAAUUAGCACAGAAUCCAACGUUGAACUGGGCUAACAAAAGCUGAUUUCUUUCACUGAAAUGUCUGCGGUUGUUUCUAUUACAUGUGAAGCCUUUUUGGAUUCCCUUCGGCUCCCUGAUGUUUGUCUUGAUGCGCUAAUAACCCCAGCUAAAAGAAGAAAAACACUUUUUAUAUUCUGUUGUAUAGAAUAUAUUUAUAUAGCAGAGUCACGCAUUCUAGGUGAUGCUUAGUAUUCUGGUCACUUUGUCUGACCUGAUGGGGGUCUUCAACACACUCAAAAGCCAUUUUGUUUUUCCCAGAGAAGGCCCUGCAGCCCAUCUGGCCAGUGAAUUUGCUCCCUGAAAGAAAGGCAUCCUGUAUGGAGAAGACAGAGGCAUUGUGUCGCACUGAUGUAUGUGGUGGUUAGUGUCUGCUGCUGCAGCUACUUUGUGGUAAGGCACAUGAGAUACAAGGUACGAGCAGAGUUUUGAAGCUGGUACGAGCAGAGUUUUUUAAGCUGCAAACCUCAUUUUUGUUUUGUUGUUUAAAUGCAAAGUGAACUGGUGGAGUAACAGCCAACUUUUCAGGCAACGCAUGUUGACAUAAUAAGACAUAAAGAAGAUUUAGUGUGUUUAAAAUCAUGUACAAUGCACUGGAACAGAAUACUGCGUAUGCUGCCUGAGUUGUAAGCCUUCUUGUUUUUGUGGCCUUUUACUGUGCAAGAAAGCACUACAAGCUAUUAGUGAGUAUAUCGCACAAAAAGUGAAGAAUUAGCAUGUGGACAUACAUGUGUUUCCUACCCUUAAUUGAACAAAGAGCAGAUCACUUUUUUGUAAAAGUGAGCAAUGCACCAGACACUGAAGCUGAAAGUGAAUCUGAGGAGUUAGAGAACAUUGCUCUGCUCAGUUUGGAUAAUCAAUGCAUGGCUCAAAUUCCACUCAGCGAGAACACACUGGAAUCCCAGUUAAUAAUCAACAGCCUUUUUUUAAGAGGACAUUUUUUCAUGUUAGCUGGAAUUGGGCGGAGAUGGUGGGCAGGGGGGGGGGGGGUGUAGAGUGAUUCAAAGGAGCCAUUGUCAGGCCCUUGUGUCCUUGUUGUAAAGUCAGUGCUCUCACAACUGGCACAUCCCAAACAUCUGACGUCACAGCUUUGAAAAGUAAGACGAGUGUGUGGCAGAAAUCUUUAGAGGGGCUAAAAACAAUAGACUGGGUUUUAAGAAAUGUUCUCGUACAGGUUUUGAAGAAUUUUGUUCCAGAAAGUUAUUUAUGGAAAAAAAAAAAUAGCAGAUUUCAUUUGAUCAUUUCCUUCUGAAGAAUAUGUUUUAAUAAAAACAUAUCUGGCCUAAGUUACCAUCUGAUGACCUAGAAUAAAAUUAUUAUAAUUAUUGAAUAAAAAAGACCAUACUUUUUAAAUUUAUAAUUACUAGACAUUAUAAAAAAUUGUGGAUAAUGUCAUUAAGUUAAAUAAAACCCUCAAUAGGUUGCUGACCUCGAUCCAAAGACGUCAAAUCUCCAAAAUCUUCUGUGGACAAAAGCAGGAAUUAGAUGAUGAUAAUGUAUUUUUACAUUCUAUGAUAUUUUGAAAAGAUACAAAAACCUUAAAGGAUCAUUUAACUCAUGUUGUAAUUAAAAUGCACCUCCUGAAAUAAAACUCUUGUACCACUAAAUUCUUAACAUUUCCAAAAGUAUAUUUCCAAAACCUGUGAGUUGGAGGAUUAAAGGCUUCUAUUCUGGUGUUCUAAACAUUCAAAAAGUACUUACAAAAGAUAUUCACUGGAUCAAAGUCACAUUUUAGCACAUCUCACACAUGUUCCCAUUUCCUUAAAAAUGUGAUAGUUUUCAAGUAUAUUAAAAAACCACUACCUAACACACAAUCACAUUUAAUGUCCUUGUUUUUACACUGAAUACACUGCAGAAUCUCUUCGAUGAGUACUGGGCCGAUCUCUGUCAACAUUUAUUCUUUCUCUGUUGUUUUUGUUCCUUUGAUAUAAAACCCUUAAUUCGGUACAGAGCCUCAGGACUGGCCUUGACCAGAGUCAGGUGUCCCUGUUGAAGUGAACUUGUUGUUUUGCCCUUUUUAAGUUAUAUGAUUGAGCAGAAGAGUAAACUUGAAUGUAAAAAGGGGUCUGUGCCUAUUUUUGAUUAAUUCUGUUAAACAUGUACAAAAAUUCUUGUUAAUAAGUCUCGAACAUGUUUUUCAUCCAGGAGUUAGCCCAAGAGGAAGGAACUGUUAACCAACAGGUGUGUGUCAGGGGUUACACAUUAACUAUCUAUCAUUUGUCUUUAGAAGCUAAAGUAUUUUUUGUACUUUUCAUGUGAAUAUUUUGAUACCAUUCACAGUUUGUGUGAUUUUGACAGAACAUGAAUAAUAACUUUUGGAGGGAGUUUUUUUUUUAAUGCAUCCUUUACUCUGUGGUCAGUAAGUCCCAUAAUGUAAAUGUGUAUUUUAUAUAUAUAUAAAUAAAAACAAUCCUUUUGGUAGCUAAUUUGAUUGAACACAUUGUGACCAGUUGCUCUACUAUGGAUGGAGGGGAGAUACAUAAAGAACAUAUUUUAUGAAGAAAUGGUCAUUUUAUAUUGAAUUGUUGUUUUAUGUUAUGUGUGCCAUUAAAAAUAUAUAAAAACACAUAA